AAAAUGAGGUGUUCCAUCAAACUUGCUGUGCUUGGAGCAGUCCUGCUUGCAUUCGCAUGUAGUUCCAACCAGGCUCCAAGUAAUGAAACAAGUAUUAUCGAGUCUGAACUUGGAACAAAUUGCACCACGGUUACCUUUAAAAAUUUCCUCGGUUGCCUUUAUCGAUUCGGAGAUUUUAUGGCAAAGAUGUACUUUCUGGAUGUAACGAAGCAGAAGAGUUUAGAGAAAUUUCAUAAAUCGUGCAAUUCCAUGGCCGAUUGUAUUGAGAAUCUUGAGUGUCAUAAAGAUAAAAACCUUACCGACUCCAAAACAAUGAGAAAUGCUUGUGAGACUCUGAAAUUCUUCGUCACCGAUUUUUUUACUUGUUUGGAAAAAAUUGGAGAAUUGAAACCGGAACCCCAGUGUUUUAAGGAAUGGAAUCCAUUCGAAGGAUUUAAUGACAAAGAGAAAAAUCAAGAGGAGUUGUGCAAGAACAUGAUGGGAAAAGACAAUUGCAUGAAGAAGUUGGUCAGCGAAAAUUGUGGAGAGGAGGACUUGAGAAAGUUGUAUAAUAUGUUCAAGUUUGCGGAAGUUUUCAAACAAUGUGAUGCCAGCAAACUUUAAACUGUAAACAUGGAAUGGGAUGACCGAGUCGCCAAAAAGAGCUGCCAGAAAAAAUCACCAAUAUCUUUAAUCACCUGAAAAUUUUUUUUGCAGCCUUUUUUAUCUGUAGAAGAUUUUCAAUUGAUUCCGAAGAGAUUAUUUUAUUC